AUGCCGCCUCCUCCGAUACCACGUAAACGCAACCGCAGUGCGAGUCCAAGCUCGCCGUCCGGUGAUAGCGAGUACGACCCAGUUACCAAGCCGCGAAAGGGCGGUACUGCACCCAAGGCCACGCCUGGUCACAAGCUCGGUCCGAACGGGAGACCAUUGUCGCGCGAGCAGCUGCGCAGGGCCAACCACUCGCUCAUUGAACGGCGACGCCGCGAGAAGAUCAACGCAGCCCUAUCCAACCUCCGCGGCAUGGUGCCUGGCCUUGGAGAGGAUAACGGCGGAAAGGGGGGCGAGUUCAAGCUCGAGGUCCUAGAGCGUACAGUCGAACACAUGCGUGAGCUCAAGAACCGCAUCGCCGACCUCGAGGCUGAGACCGAGGUCGAGGCGGCUCCAGACCACAAUCGCCGUCGCCUGUCGACGACCACCGACGACUCGAGCAUGGACGUCGACAGCCCGCGCGAGCGCGAGGUUGUGUACGAGCGGGAACGUGGGCACGGACGGCGCGAACGGCCAUACCGCCCGUGGUACUCAUCGCCCAAGCACCCGUCCUCGCCGCCCUCGCCGUCCAUGACCCCUCCUGUGCGCGCCGCACCAAACCACGACCCCGACGAGACCGAGGAAGAGACCAACCUCCCGGCUCCGUUCACGCUGGCAUUCCGAUCCCGCUCGGACGGGUCGCACAGCUCACAGACCCGCACGUCUACAUCGCACUCGACUGCCUCGCCGCAUCCCCCGAGCAUAUCGAGUCUGCUCUCGAGCGCGCCUCCUCCCCGAUCUCAGCAUCAGUCACGUGCCCCGCCGCCAGACAUCUGCCUCCCGUUCCCGACUCCUAGCCCGACCUCGCCCUUCCACUCGUACCCGAGCAACGCGUCGACAGCGAGCAGCGCAACCGGCCCUCCUGAGCCGUCUCCAUUCCUCGCCCCGUUGCAGAACAUUUCGCUGUUCGAUGGCGCCCUCCCCUCUCCCCUCACCGGCCCACACAAGCUGAGCCCGCCAGAGAGGGUAGGCGAGAUGAACCCCGAGGACGCGGCGCACAUGCUUCUCGCCAUCAGCUCGCCCGACACCCUUCGCCCCACCCACAGCUCUGGGAGCACGCCGCUCAUGACCGUUCACCGUGGCCUGGAGCGCCGUCUCCCCCUCGACGCCGAGGAGUUUACGCUCGACGGCGGUAUCGCGCGCUCUGGAGACGUGAAUGAAGUGCGGCACCAUCACCGCACUCAGGGCAAAACCGCGCGAGACAUCUUGCGCAUGUAA